AUGGCUACAAUGCAAGAGGAGAUUGACGCCCUGUUGCGCAACCGGACAUGGCAGCUUGUUCCCCGUCCCCGGCACGCAAAUGUGAUUACCGGGAAGUGGGUCUUCAAACACAAGCUCCGUCCUGAUGGUACCCUUGAUCGCUAUAAAGCGCGCUGGGUAGUUCGUGGCUUCCGACAACGUGCUGGUAUCGACUUCACCGACACCUUCGCUCCGGUCGUCAAGCCCGGCAUGAUACGCACGGUCUUCUGCCAGCAGCCCAUCGGGUUUGUUGACCCGGUGCUUCCCAACCAUGUCUGCCUGCUCUCGCGGUCCUUGUACGGCCUCAAGCAGGCUCCGCGCGCUUGGUACCAGCGCAUCGCGGCGUUUCUUCACCAGCUUGGGUUCCGCUCUACCCGCUCGGACGCCUCACUCUUCGUCUAUCAUCAGGGCUCUGACACGGCCUACUUGCUGCUCUAUGUCAACGACAUCAUCCUGAUGGCAUGUACGACUGGUCUCCUCAGUCAGCUCACGGCUCGUCUUCGCGCUGAGUUCGCCAUCAAGGACUUGGGUCCUUUGCACUACUUCCUCGGUGUCGAGGUGGUGCGCCGUCCGGAUGGCUUCUUCCUUCAUCAGCAGAAGUACGCUCAUGAGCUCCUGGAGCGCGCCGGCAUGCUUAACUGCAAGCCCGCUGCCACGCCUAUUGAUACGAAGGCCAAGCUUUCUGCCACGGAUGGUUCUGCUGCUUCGGAUGCUGCUUUCUAUCGGUCUAUCGUUGGUGCUCUUCAGCACCUCACUCUAACUCGAUCGGAGAUCCAGUAUGCCGUGCAGCAGCGGAUUCUCCGCUAUGUCUGUGGCACUAUGGAUCUUGGUGUCACGCUUCACGCCUCCGCCGACACCGCCCUCACCGCCUACUCUGAUGCAGACUGGGCGGGCUGCCCUGACACUCGUCGCUCCACCUCGGGCUAUUGUGUCUACCUUGGACCCUCACUUAUCUCGUGGUCGUCCAAGCGGCAGCCUUCGGUCUCUCGUUCCAGUGCUGAGGCUGAGUAUCGUGCGGUGGCCAACGCCGUCGCCGAGUGUUCGUGGCUUCGCCAGUUGCUUCAGGAGCUCUCUUGCCCUGUUGACCGUGCCACGAUGGUCUACUGCGACAACGUCUCGGCGGUCUACCUCUCCGCUAACCCGAUAUCAUGA